AAGGCGUUGGUGUAUCACAGUUUAUUAUUUUGUUGUCUUUCUACGUCACGGACUAUUAUGUAAAUUGUGGCGUUAAUGGACAGAAGUAUAUCGUGUUCGCUGUACUCAAUUCGUGCUCGAUAAGGACUUUCGGAAUUCGUUGCUGCUUAAUAGAUAAAAAAAAAACUAAAUUCAUAAUUAGAAUUGUUUCAUUCUAAAAAAAACUAUUUAAAAAUGGGAGUUUCUGAUCCUGGGUCGUCGACAACUCCAGAUCUUCCGCCGCUUGAACCUGAACGUCCGGGCUCCGGCAGCGGAUUUGAUGAUGAAGAUAUCCCUCGGAGGAAACAGAGGCGGUACAGAACGACCUUCACCAGUUACCAACUCGAUGAGCUUGAGAAGUCCUUCGGGAGAACUCAUUAUCCUGACGUUUUCACUAGAGAAGAACUUGCACUGAAAAUUGGUUUGACAGAAGCCAGAAUACAGGUGUGGUUCCAAAAUCGGCGCGCAAAAUGGCGGAAACAAGAAAAAGUUGGACCUCAUGCACACCCGUACAGCGGGUACUUGGGUAGCGGUCAGCCUCUACCCACUUCCGCUACCCUACCCGCCCCACCUCAUCCACUCUCACAAUUAGGAUUCGGUCUUAGAAAACCGUUUGACACCGCCUUGGCAUCUUUUAGGUACCCCAACAACCCUUUAUUUGGAGCCCAGUAUUUACCUCCACUAUCGCGUCCGCCUCUAUUCGGCGCACCGCUUUACGCUACAUCGCCCGCGCAUUUUCAUUCGCUGUUCGCUAAUCUGACCAUGCCCGAACCUCCGCGGCUGUCCCCCGAGCGGUCCCAAUUAUCGCCCGAGGUAUCCCGGUCACCAGCCCCGUCCAUCUCUCCACCAAUAUCCCCUGGAAGUGAGACGUUACCACCACAAAUGGAGGACGUUAGGAGUUCCAGCAUCGCGGCUUUAAGAAUGGCGGCGCGGGAACAUGAAAUAAGACUGGAAUUAUUAAGACAAAGGGCUGAUUUAAUUUGUUGAUAUCAAAUAUCAUAAAUGUAAAAUGUACAAUAAUAUCAAUUUAAUUUUUACAUAUUUUUAAUAUUAUAUACUACUUAUCUAUGACUUUAUUUUGUAGUUUUUUUUUAACUGUGUAUUGUGAUGUAAAUAUGGAUUGUUUAUAUUGAAGAUAAUUUUAAUUUAUAUUCAACAAGUUUUUUUAUUACUUUCUUAUCAUUUGUAUCAUAAAAUCAAUAUUCUUAACGGAUUAUAUUUCUUGUAUAAUAAUAAUUAAAUGUCUACAAGAUCGUCAUCAGAGGCCUAUUAAUAAUAAAGAAAAAAUAAUAUUGUACAGACAGACAUUAAUAAAUCUUUUUAAGAUUUUGUACCUAUUAUUGCCUAUCUCAUUAUUCCGUCCUAUUCAAUUAAAAUGU